AUGCCCACCAUUCCUUUAAUUAAAACUCCACCACCAAUUCCACUUUGCCUCAGCCUCUCCUCCUCCUGCUCAUCGGAACUCCAACAAAGAUCAAACUUUCACUUCUCACUCUUCAGUUUCAAGCCCAAGCGCUUCCAUUUUCUGAAGACAUGCUCUUCACUCAGAGAAACCAAGAAACAGCAGACCCUUUCAAAAACUCCCAGCAAUGCACCUCAAAGCAUCAGGAGGUUCUUGAAUUUGAACCCAAAAGGUGAAAAUGAUGACAAUACUGAUGGGGACACCACAGUUGGUGACACUGCUGUUAAAGGCACAAUCUUGGCUGGACUUUUGCUUGUUGGAGUCGUUGGUGGGUUCGGGACUGUGGGUUACAUCUAUAGGGACCAGAUCAAUGCUUUCUUGACCCAGUUUUCAGGCUUCAUUGAAGGUUAUGGGCCAGCUGGAUAUGCGCUUUUCGUGGCAGUCUAUGCUGGAUUAGAGGUACUCGCAAUACCAGCCAUCCCAUUGACUAUGUCUGCUGGUCUUCUGUUUGGGUCAAUUACUGGAACUAUCAUUGUCUCUAUCAGUGGGACGGUGGCAGCCAGUGUUGCAUUUCUAAUUGCCAGAUAUUUUGCCCGUGAGCGUAUUCUUAAGCUAGUUGAAGGGAACAAGAAAUUCCUUGCAAUAGACAAAGCUAUUGGGGAAAAUGGUUUCAGAGUUGUUACUCUUCUCCGUUUGAGUCCAUUGCUUCCAUUUUCGCUUGGAAAUUAUUUAUAUGGGCUUACUUCUGUCAAAUUUGUGCCGUAUGUGUUAGGAAGUUGGUUAGGUAUGCUUCCAGGGACAUGGGCAUAUGUGAGUGCUGGUGCAUUUGGCAGAGCAAUUAUUCAAGAAGAGUCUGAUGUAGGGUUAACUGGAGGAAAUGGUCAGCUAUUGACACUUGGAUUAGGACUCUUAGCAACUGCACUGGCUGCAACCUACGUGACACGGCUUGCUAAGGAUGCCAUAAAAGAUAUUGAGUAG